AAACUGACCAAUGAGAGUUUAAGAAGCCCAGCUCCCGAUCCUCCGCGACCAAUCGGGGCAGGCUCGCAUUCGUACGCCGUCAUCGUGCCUCUCCCUCCGGACCUGGGCUCACUCGAUCACCGAGGACUCCCAGGCCUGACCGCGGUAAUCGUGUUUUCUCAAGACGGAUUCAAUACAAACGCGGAUUUGUAUCUUGCGACAUCGUGAAUUCAUUUAGUUUCUCUCGGACGUUUAGACAACAACGUCUCUCUCCGUGUCUAUUUAAUAAUAUUCUUUCAGGCUUCAUAAUAAAACACUAGCGAUGCUUUCUAUAGCUUGAUAAAAUACAAAAAACAAAACGAAAAAAAAAACUGCGCUACAUAGCACCUUAUAUUAUUGGAGAAUGAUUUCUCAGGUGUUUCUGUUGUCUGCUAAAGGAGAUCACCUGAUCUACAAGGACUUCCGCGGGGAAGCAGGCCGUGAUGUCAUCAACGUGUUCUAUGAGAAGGUGAAUGCGUUGCCGGGAGACCAGCCUCCAGUUGUCAUGCACCACGAGGGUCUGCACUUCGUCCACGUGAGGCAGGGGGGUCUGUACUGCGUGGCCACGACCCGCUCCAACCCCUCCCCCUUCACCCUCACCGAGUUCCUCAACAGACUGGCUGCUCUGAUCCGGGAUUACUGCGGCUCCCUGUCUGAGCAAUCCGUCAGCCUGAACUCCGCCCUGAUCUACGAGCUGCUGGAUGAGAUGCUGGAUUUCGGGUACCCCCAGACCUCGUCGACGGCGAUCCUGAAGAACUUCAUCCAGACGGAGGCCGUGACCCCGAAACCUUUCAGCCUGCUGGACCUGCGCAACGUGGGGCUGUUUGGCGCUGACACUCAGCACAGUAAGGUGGCUCCGAGUGCAGCAGCGAGCCGGCCGGUGCUGUCCACACGUGGGGAGCCGGGAGGGAAGAACGAGAUCUUCGUCGACGUGAUCGAGAGGCUCACCGUUGUGAUUGGAUCCAAUGGCACCCUGCUGAAGGCUGACAUUCAGGGAGAGAUCAGACUCAAGUGCUUUCUUCCCAGCUGCUCUGAGAUGAGAAUAGGCCUGAAUGAAGAGUUCAGCAUCGGCAAGACUCAGCUGAGAGGUUACGGAGCUGCGGUGCGGGUCGACGAGUGCAGCUUCCAUGAGGCCGUGAAGCUGGACGAGUUUGAGAACCAGAGAGUGCUGAGAGUGACCCCGAGCCAGGGAGAGCACACAGUGAUGCAGUACCAGCUGAGCGACGAGCUGCCCUCACCCCCACCCUUCAGACUCUUCCACAGCCUGGAGAGGGAGCCCAGCGGCAGGUUACUUGUUUACCUGAAGCUUCGCUGUGACCUGCCCCCCAAGAAUGCAGCCCUGAAUGUGGUGGUGAAUCUCCCAGUGCCCAAGGGGUCCGUGAGUCUCUCCCAGGAGCUGAGCAGUCCGGACCAGAGUGCCGAGCUGCAGCCAAUCAGCAGGGCCGUGCGCUGGGAGAUCCCACGCUUCCCCGGGGGAGGGCAGCUCUCUGCACUGUUCAAGUUGGAGGGCUCCGGGCUCAGCGCCGCCUCUCUGCUGGAAGUCGGGCCGGUCAGCCUGUCCUUCGAGCUGCCCAAGCUCACCUGCACCGGGCUGCAGAUCCGAUUCCUCCGCCUGUCACCCCCCCUCCCCGCCCUGCCCCAGCGCUGGGUACGAUACGUCACGCACUCCGACUCCUACACCAUCCGCAUGUAGAGAGAGAGAGAGAGAGAGAGAGAGAGAGAGCGAUCACCCCCCCUCCCCACCCUGCUCCAGCGCUGGGUACGAUACGUCACGCACUCCGACUCCUACACCAUCCGCAUGUAGAGAGAGAGAGAGAGAGAGAGAGAGAGCGAUCACCCCCCCUCCCCACCCUGCCCCAGCGCUGGGUAGAGGAGAGAUGAGAUGAGACUGACCCCAGCCGUCGCUGCCUCAGCGUUGGGAGAGUGGAGAGGAGAGGAGAGGAGACUGACCCCAGCCGUCGCUGCCUCAGCGCUGGGAGAGGGGAGAGGAGAGAUGGACGGAUGCAGGUGUCUCAGUGCUGGUUGAGACAGCUUCAACAGCAGCUCUGGUUAGAGCCGGGUUAUAGGAUUUGUUCUUGGUUUUGAAUUUCAUUUGAAGAGUGCUCAAUGUCGCUUGAAAUGAAAACCAGAAAGCAGCUGUUAAUCUCAUUCAACUUUAAUGAUUUAAACUUUGCAGAUAAAACACAAUUUAAUUUUUUUUAAACAUUUUUUUUUUUUUAAUAAAUGCUCGUCAAACUUA